UAUCUCUCGUAUCCUGGUGGACACUAUUCAUCUCAUCGGCAGCAAGAUGGCGUCCGAAACGGUAACCGAUAUGAAGGGCAACGUUGUGAAAAUGGAGGCAGAUUAUAGCCAGACGGUAGACAAGACUCUACCAGAAUGUGAAGCACACGUCAAGAAUGGAAAACUUCAUGAUGCUUUAGAAAUAUUGCUUACUCUUGAAAAACAGACUAGAAAUGCUGCAGACAUGUUUUCAACCAGCAGAAUUCUCGUUGCAAUUGUCAAGUUUUGCUACCAGUGUAAAGAGUACGAUCUGCUAAAUGAAAAUCUCACAGUUCUUACAAAGAGGCGAGGUCAACUUAAACAAGCAGUCACAAAGAUGGUGCAAGAGGCAUGUACAUAUGUGGACGAAAUAAGCGAUAUUGACCAGAAACUUAAACUCAUAGACACCCUUCGUACUGUCACUGCAGGAAAGAUAUAUGUUGAAAUCGAACGGGCAAGGUUGACAAGGAAGUUAGCUGGAAUCAAAGAAGCACAAGGAGAUGUAUCAGAGGCCGCUAAUAUUCUCCAAGAGCUUCAGGUCGAGACUUAUGGGUCGAUGGAGAAGAGGGAGAAAGUCGAAUUUAUACUGGAGCAGAUGAGGCUUUGUCUUGCCAAAAAAGAUUACAUCCGAACGCAAAUUAUUAGCAAGAAAAUAAGUGUUAAGUUCUUUGAUAGUGACAAGGAACAGGACCUGAAACUGAAGUAUUACCAGCUCAUGAUCGAAUUAGGCCAUUUUGAGAACGACUAUCUCACAAUAUGCAGACACUACAGGGCCGUUUAUGAUACUCCUUGUAUCAAAGAGGAUAAAGACAAGAUGAAAGAGGCGCUGCGAAAUGUAAUAUUGUAUAACGUCUUGGCACCAUAUGACAACGAGCAAAAUGAUUUUCUGCACCGCAUAAAGGAAGAUGAAAAUUUGGAUGAAGUACCGUCAUAUAGAGAUUUAUUGAAGCUGUUCAAGACUGAUGAGUUGGUUCAGUGGAAACAGUUAACGUCUAUGUGCGAGAAAGAGUUACGCGAUGGUUUGCCGGGUUCAAAAGCCACUGGUGUUUUUGACAGAAACAGCGAGGGAGGAAACAAGUGUUGGGAUGAUUUCAGAAAGAGAGUCGUAGAGCACAAUAUUCGUGUGAUGGAAAAGUAUUACACUAGAUUGACAGUGAAGCGUAUGGCACAACUGCUUGAUUUGUCCAUCGAUGAAUCAGAAGAGUUCCUUUCAAAUCUAGUGACGUCAAAAACUGUUUACGCCAAGAUCGAUAGACCUGCUGGGAUUGUCACGUUUCGACCAGUGAAAGAUGCCAAUGAUAUUUUGAAUGAAUGGUCACACAACGUUACAGAACUCAUGUCCUUACUUAAUAAAACAACUCACCUCAUAACAAAAGAGCAAAUGGUCCAUCAGCUUAUUGAAACUUAGGAGAAAAAGGAGUUUACUCAAGGAACCAUUUUUAAGCCAAGACUUGCAGAUUAUCGCUACCAUUUUAGUUGAAAGAAUUUUCAUGAUCAAUAAAAUCGAUUAUUUCGAAGAUAACGUAGCUUUAUUUAC